AUGUACAUACGGAGCGCACACCUACUGGGUGGACACCGCCACACUGCAGACAUGCCGAUCGAUCGCCCGUCUUGUUCAAAGCAGCAUGCGCUCUUUCAAUACCGGCUUGUGGAAUGUACCCGUGCCGAUGGCACGAUUGGCCGAAGAGCGAAGCCCUGCUUCAGUGACCUUGGCUCAGGCAACGGGACCUUCUUAAACAACAAUCGCACUGAGCCAGAAUACUGUGAACUAAAAGAAGAGGAUGCACUCAAAUUUGGGUUCAGUAGCAGAGAAGACGCCUUGCUCCAUGAGUCGUCAGACACUUCUAAAAUAGACAGGAAAGACGACGAGGAUGAGGAGGAGGAGGAGGAAGAAGUGUCUGACAGUUAG